ACUCUAAUAGUCUAAUGUCGUGUGGUUUGACCAGUCUCUUUACUUCAACAAAGACUUAAAUUAUCAUAAAUUCUGGUUUAAAUCAAUAUUCAAGCUGGUUUGAUCUCAAACCAGAAGAAAAAUUAAAAAAUCAAAAAAUGGCUAAGGAAAUAAGCUGGUUUUCAGUAUUCUUCUCAAUCUAUAUGCCAAUUAUCUUAUUUUCGAUUUCCAAAUCGUCAAACGCACAAAACUAUCAGUGUUCAAACACGACUAUGUUCGCAAACAAUAGCCAAUACCAAGCGAAUCUCAACACCGUCUUCCGUUAUCUUGCCUCCAACGCCACCAACCCCAACGGCUACCAUCAAGCCGUUUCACGUACCGGCAACACCAACAGCGAAGCCGUCUACGGCCACUUCCUCUGCCGUGGGGAUCAGAACGCCACCGUGUGCCGAAACUGUGUCACCACCGCCACCACAACUGACCUUCCUAUUACGCUUUGUCCAAAUCGAAAAGUUGCUUUCGUAUGGUACGAUGAUUGUAUGGUAAGAUACUCAAACCAGUCAUUUUUCGGUCAAAUGGAUACGGUCCCGGGUAUGAUCUUAAUGAAUUCGAAUAAUGUAACCGGGAAUACAACCCGAUUCGAGGAACUUCUGGGUAAUAUGAUGAACAACGUAAUUGCUGUACAAGCUCCCAAUGGAGGUUCACAGAAGAAAUUUGCAUCCGAUGUUGUGAAUUUUACGACUUUCCAAACCAUAUACGGGUUGGGUCAGUGUACCCCGGAUUUGAGUCCGAAUGAUUGUAAUACAUGCUUGGUUAGUGGUAUUGGGCAGUUCCAAAUAAAUCAAGGUGCACAAGUUUUGCUGCCUAGUUGUGUUGUACGGUACGAGAUCUAUCCUUUCUUUAAUUUGUCGUCGGUUGUUCAAGCCGCACCACCGCCUCAACCGUUGCCACCACCUCCUCGACAAUCUCCGGCCACUAAUCCUAAUCGAACUCGGGGGAACGGAGUCUCAACUACUGUGAUUAUUGCCAUUGUCGUUCCUAUAGCAGUAGUUUCUAUAGUUGCAUUACUUUUUAUAUGCAUUUGUUGCGCCAAAAACAAGAAAACAAAUAAUUCCGACGUUGCUGAAACUGAUGAAGAUUUCACGACGGUCGAGUCCUUGCAAUUUGAUCUAGCAACGCUUCAAUCUGCAACAAAUAACUUUUCCAUGGAGAAUAAAUUGGGCGAAGGAGGAUUUGGUAGUGUCUAUAAGGGUACACUUUCAAAUGGGAGGACCAUAGCAGUGAAGAGAUUGUCUAUAAACUCUAGUCAAGGACUACAAGAAUUCAAAAACGAGAUAUUAUUAGUAGCCAAACUUCAACACAGGAAUUUAGUAAGACUAUUGGGAUUUUGUUUCGAGGGGCAAGAAAAGUUACUCGUAUAUGAAUAUAUACCCAACAAGAGCCUUGACAAUUUUCUCUAUGAUCCUGAAACUCAAGGACUACUUGAUUGGGCUACGCGCUACAAAAUUAUAGGAGGCAUAGCUCGAGGGAUGCUUUAUCUACAUCACGAUUCUCAACUAAGAAUUAUACAUCGAGAUCUUAAGGCAAGUAAUGUCUUGUUGGAUGCUGAUAUGAAUGCUAAGAUUUCAGACUUUGGCAUGGCGAAGCUCUUUGUAGUGGAUCAAAGCCAAGGAAACACAAGCAGGGUUGUUGGAACAUAUGGCUACAUGUCCCCCGAGUAUGCAAUGCACGGUCAAUUCUCUAACAAAUCGGAUGUUUAUAGUUUCGGAGUCUUAGUCUUGGAAAUUAUUAGUGGCCAAAGAAACAGUACAUUUUAUCAAUCCGGAGAAGCAGAGGACCUUUUAUGCUACGCGUGGAAACAGUGGAGAGAAGGCAUGCCUUUGGAAUUCGUUGAUCCAAUGAUAAGAGACUCAUGUACAAUGGAUGAAGUUAUGAGAUGCAUUCAUAUUGGCUUGCUAUGUGUUCAAGAAUCUGCAGAUGAAAGACCGACUAUGGCGACAGUAGUACUCACAUUAGACAGCUACUCGGUUACUCUUUCGGUGCCAGAAACUCCGGGUUUCUUUAUAAAGAGUAAAGCUUUCAAUAAGGAGGUUGGUUCUGAUCAAUUAUCAUCAGGCAAGGCAGCAUAUUGGUCGGUAAAUGAUGUAUCAAUCACUGAACCGGAACCUAGGUAGAAAAUAAUCAAAGAAAGAAAUGAUCAAAAAAAUUACCAAGAAAUUGUUAGGGGGAAAUAUCCUCUUGGUGACAUGGACAGAUACGACAAGUGGAGCCUAUGUGGCUGCCAGCAAGGCGCGACGAAGCGCCCUUCUAUCUUGCUCUCAACGGUUAAAGGGAAGGCAACAGUUACGAACCGUUGCUAAGCAAGCCAUCAUUACUCAUUUAAUGCCUAAUUAUGUACAUUUAAGCACAAACGUUACACUCUUAUUAUGUAAGGCCUAUAAAAUGGCUCAACUAGGUUAGUUUGGAGACACGAAAUAUUAAGCAAUAAUAAUAUUCUCAUUCUAUGCUCUUA